AUGAAUUGGGUUAUAGAAAAUGAAUCAGAUUCAAAUAAUACAAGUACAAUAAAUGAUAAGAGUUUACUAGAAGAACUCAAAGGUAUAAUGGAGAAAAAGUCAUUGUAUAACGAUGGUGCCAAUGAAGAAAGUGAAGAAUAUGAGGAUGAUUAUACUGACAAAGAGGACUAUAGUGAUGAAGAAGAUGACUACUAUGAUGAAGAAGAUGAAGAAAGAUAUAUAGAAGAAGAUGAUGAUGAUGAAGAAGAGGACUAUGAGGAAGAUUUGGAAAUUAGUGACAAUGAUGAAGAUGAUGGGGGCAGUAAUGAUUUAGCAGCAUCUCCAAUGAAUAUUUCAUCAUCCACCUCAACCCCAGAAGUUAGUUUAUCAUUAUCUCCAUCAAAAGAGGAAUAUAAGGAAAAAAGGGAAAUGUUUGAUAAUCCAAGACCAAUUGUAGAUAUACAUGAACCAGCUUAUUUAGAGUAUGAAUGGGUAUUUUAUUAUGAUGAUAGUACAUUAAAAGGUCAAUCAUGUGAUGAUUAUCAAUCAUUUGUAAAAAAUUUAGGAUCAUUUAAUACAAUUCAGGGAUUUUGGGGAUUUUGGAAUAAUAUUAUAAACUCAGCAAUGUUUCCAGAUGGUACAAAUUUAAGAUUAUUUAAACAGGGUAUAGCACCAAUGUGGGAAGAUCCAUGUAAUGAAAAUGGUGGAAAGUGGACUUUAUCAUGUCACAAAGAUCAUUCACAUAACCUUGCAUUAAAAACAAUUUUGGCAUUAAUUGGUGAACAGCUUGAUUAUUCCCAUGAUAUUUGUGGAUUUGUUUUAUCAGUUAGAUCAAAUAGACAUGUAAUUAGUGUUUGGAAUAAAUCUGGUGACGAUAAAGAGAUUCAUGAAAAAAUCUGUGAUCAAUUAAAAGAUUCAGUUUUUGGUAGAGUAUUCAAAUAUUUCCCACACAAACAAUUAGAAAAAAGUAAUGGAUCAGUACCACCAAGUCCAAUGACCCCUUCCCAUAGCAGUUAUAAUUUAAGAUCUUCAUCUUCCUCAGGUUAUAUAACACCAAUUAAAAGAGAAAAUUCUUCACCAAUGAUUUCAAAAUUAGUAAACUCACCAAGUUAUAACAGUGAUUUACAAAAAUCUUUAGAAAAUAUUAGUAGUAAUGGUAAUAACAAUUGUAAUAAUAGUAAUAAUAAUUUAAUAUCUUCAUUUGAAAAUGUAAAUAAUAAUAAUAACAAUAAUAAUAAUAGAAAAGAUUCAUUUAAAUUUAAAAAAAGUCAAUCAACAUCAUCACUUAAUAUUGGUAUAAAGUCAUCAUCAUCAUCAUUAACAAAUAGUUCAAAUAAUUCAAAUGUAUAUACUCCAUUAAAAAGUUCAAGAGAAGUACCAAUUAAUAAUAGUACACCAAAAUUAAAUAAUUCAUUAUCUAGGGAGAAUUUAAAAUCAAAUUUAACUUCAGUAGAAAUUUCAACCUUAUCUCCAAAAAUUGAUGAUGUUAAUAAUAUAAAUAAUAAUAUAGUUACAAAUAAUAUAGUUCAAACUGAGGAUCAAAAGAUUUCUACUCCAACAACAAUAUUAACAAAAUCAAACUCCAAAGAGGAUAUUAAAUCUAGUAAUGGUUAUAAAAAACAUCAAAACUAUACUGCACAACAAAAUAAUACUCCACAAAAAAGAUUUACCAAAAAUGAAAUAAAAGAUAAAGCAAUGCCAACCUCAUCCAAACCUCCAUUGGCCCCAGCACACAAUAAUAGCUUUAAUAACAAUAGUAGCUCAAAUGUUUGUUGUAAUACACCAUCAAAAAUAGUAAAUGAGGUUUUAAAUAAUAUUGCAGCAGCUAGUACUAGUGGCACUAAAGAUAAAGACCAAAUUGAAGAAAUUAUUCUUGCAGCAGCUAGUGCCAGUGGAUUAAUCGUAGUUGAUCCAACAACAAUAUCCCCAACCUCAUCAGCAGUAUCAACAUCUCCACCAUCACCUUUAUUAGAUUCCUUAUCAAAUACACCAACACUAUCAAACAAAUUUGCAUUAACACCUUCUAAAGAAGAAAUUGAAAAAUCAAUUAGUGUUGAUUAUGAUAAGAAACAAAUUCAACAUAUAUCACAGGACGAAAGCAUUUCUGAAGCUGAUGUUUCAUCAUUUAUUGAAGUAGACAAUAGCUCUGACCUACAAACUGAUGUAUCAAGUAAUAUUGUGCCAAAAUCAAAGAAAAAGAAAUCAAAGUCAAAAUCAAAAAAUAAUAGCAAUGUUAAAUUGGCCAAUACAACAACCUCAUCAAGAAAGAAAGUUAAUUCAUCACGUAAUAACCAAAAUAAUAUUACUCUCAAUGAUCAAUUUUUAGUUCAAAGUGGUAAAACCUCAUCUACUCUUUCAUCAACCAUUGGUUUUUUAAAAGAUCAUAAAAUAGUUUUUAUAAUGAUUUUUAGUAUUUUAUUUAUUCCAGUUAUUUUACAGACAAAAUAG